UAUUUCACAAUACCUUCAACUGUCUGAAAAUUGAGAAUAAAUAAGGACUUGUGCAUAUCUAACAGAUAAUGUGUCUCUCUUUUCAGGUCACUGAUCAUCUCCAAAGGGUGAAUUUCAGGAAUCAGUUUGGAGAUGAUGUGUUUUUUGAUGAGAAUGGAGACCCUCCUGCUUCUUAUGAUAUUAUUAACUGGCAGCUGAGAAACGGGCAGGUGCAGCAUGUGACUCUGGGUCAUUUUGCUUCUGCUGCAAACGGUGAUUUUAGGCUCAACAUCCAGGAGGAAAAGAUAGUGUGGAGGACGGGGAAAAGGGUUCCCACAUCAGUGUGCUCAAAUGUUUGUCCUGUGGGAACCAGGAGAGCUCAGAUUAAGGGAAAACCUACAUGUUGUUUUGACUGUAUCCCAUGUGCUGAUGGAACUAUAGCCAAUUCAACAGGUGCAGCAGACUGCACACCCUGUCCACAGGAAUACUGGUCCAAUGAGAGGAAAGACGAGUGCAUUCCCAAAACAACUGAGUUCCUGACGUACCAUGAGCCCAUGGGAAUAGCUCUCACAGUUGUUUCUCUGCUGGGAGCUUCCCUGUCACUGGUCACCAUGAUGGUUUUCAUCCACUACAGAGAAACUCCUGUAAUAAAGGCCAGCAACUCAGAGCUCAGCUGUUUCUUGCUGUUUUCUCUCUUCCUCUGUUUUCUCUGUCCUCUCACUUUCAUGGGCAGACCCACAGUGUGGACCUGCAUGCUGCGACACACAGCUUUUGGUGUGACAUUUGCUCUUUGUAUUUCCUGUGUCUUGAUGAAAACUAUUGUUGUUGUUACAGCUUUCAAAGCCACAAUUCCUGGCAACAAAGUUGCAGGAAAGUUUGGUCCUGCACAGCAAAGGAUCAUCGUUUGCUCCUGCACCAUGAUUCAAAUAGUGAUAUGUGUAUUGUGGCUGAAGUUAAAGCCACCUUUCCCUGACAUGGUUUUCAGAUACAGUAACAAGAAGAUUGUUUUAGAAUGCAACACAGGCUCUGAGGCUGCUUUCUAUGCAGUGCUGGGCUACAUAGGAAUCCUUGCAGUAGUUUGUUUGGUUCUGGCAUUUCUGGCAAGAAAGUUGCCUGAUAACUUUAAUGAAGCCAAAUUUAUCACAUUCAGCAUGUUGAUAUUCUGUGCCGUCUGGAUCACAUUUAUCCCAGCAUACAUCAGCUCUCCUGGGAAGUUCACUGUAGCUGUGGAAAUCUUUGCAAUUUUGUCCUCAGCGUUUGGCUUGUUAAGUAGCAUCUUUGCACCUAAAUGUUACAUAAUAUUAGUGAAGCCAGAGAAAAAUACCAAGAAACAUGUCAUGGGAAAAAAGAUGAACAAAAAGUAAUGAUUCAUUGUAUCAUACUGUAUAUGAGUAAAGCAGUGUUUUGUAACACUUUAUAUAAGUUAGUGUCUAUAAAUCUGAUAUUGAAUUGAUAAAUGUUCUGUACAUACUGUGACG